ACUUAUCUAUGGAGACUCAGUCAUAUUGACAGUUUGUUCGGUCCUUGAUUGGUCCAGGAAUCUAUCCAGAGAGUGGGUCCUGAGCUUUUAAGGGACCCAGAGAUCUAUUUCCAUGACCUCAGGAAUAUUUUUUCAAGCACUUUACUCUCACCAUCAUCUUGGAAACGCAUUUAAGGACUUAUUUAAGGGAGUCCUGGAACCCUAAUUACACCCUAUGAACUCUCUCACAAGCAUCCUUGAUCCCUUUUUGAGAAAACCUGGAAACACAGUAAGUGGAAGUUCCAGGAUCCUUAAGGAGGCUCCAGGCUGGUCGGAGGAGGCGACACGUCCCUGUAUUCCUGAGGAGUGAGUCCUCUUGAGCUGUAGAGAGGAUCUUUGGCGAGGCAGUUCGCUGCUUCGGAGAGGAAACAGGUUGAUGUUUGAGACAGUCAGAGGACAGAGAGACAGACAGGCAGAGAGACAUCAUCACAACUUCAGCUUGUUCUGACUCCAUCUCUUUUCUUCUCUGCAGCUUCAGUGAUGAAGGAGCACAACUACAAAGACGAGGUGACGAAGAUCAUGGAGGAAGCUCCGAGCGCCAGGAAGGCUCUGCUGGAAAACUACGAUAACCUGCUGAGUGUGGCCGACUACUGCUACAACAACUACGUACAGUCAGGUGAUGGCAGCAUGAAGGCGUUGGAGGAAACUAAGAAGUUCACCACCCAAUCACUGGCCAGCGUCGCCUACCAGAUCAGCACGCUGGCCAACAGCGUGCUGAGUCUGCUCGAUGCGCAGACCAAUCAGCUUCGUCACAUGGAGUCUUCCAUCAACCUCAUUGGUCAGACGGUGGAGAUGCACAAAGAAAAGGUUUCUCGGAGAGAGAUCGGUGUCUUCACGGCAGUGAGACGAGUCCCACGCAGCCACAAGAUCCUCCCUCCUUCUCAACCGCCUGCCGGUACACAGCCCCGCCCACCGUACAGCCGGCGACCAAUCAACUACCAGCAGCUGGACGGCUUGGGCCACGGCAUGAAGGUCUCUGGGAAACAGCCGGACCGAACAGGAACGAUCCGUAAACAUGGAGCCUCCAUCAGAUCCAACAAAGCUCCGGAGCCGGUCCAGUGCCCAGUGGCGCCCCCUGUUAGUGGCUCCAGUUUUGGGAAACCUGUUGCUCCGCCCACUAUCCCCACCACCUGUCCACCACCUGAUUGUGACAUCAUCACCAGUCUGCUGGACGAUGCCACGCCUCCUCCUCCUCCUCCUCCACCUAUAGCGAAUGAAAUGCCAGCUCAGGACAAUGAGAUCACCAACACCUUGGCCAUGCCAUCUCCACCUCCUCCACUACCGUCAGGAGCGAUGGUGGCUCCUCCCCCUCCUCCACCUCCACCCCCUCCUUCUGUGGCUUUGACCAAUCACAGCUCUCCACCACCAGCUCCGCCUCUCAGCCUGGAGACAGUGGUGGAGGAGAACAGCUUCCCCCCUCCUUCUCCCCCCCCUCCUCCUCCCCCCUCUGAUGAUGAUGGCUUCCCUCCACUGCCCAUUGAUGGCUCAGAACUGUCAGCACCACCCCCUCCUCCUCCUCCGCCACCCAGCCAGGAAGGAGACGUGACCCUCCAGUCCCGGAGGAGUCGCCGCCGUCGCUCGCCCCCCACUACUCGCUCUGUCUCUCUGAGGGUUCGCUCUGGCCCCGCCUCCCGCUGCCGCUACACGCGAUCUCUCUUCCUGCCUGCUGUCCACUCAUUGAUGAUCCCUCCUCCUCCCCCCUACCCUCCUCCCCACACUCCUCACCCCUCUUCUCCCUUGCCUCGGCUCUGCUUACCUGCUCGCCUGGAACACCUGGAUCUAGAGAUCCCAGCCCCACCCCCUUCUCUGCUAUUUGCAGAUGAAGGUGGUUUUGAUGAUGUCAUGCCACCCCUCCCUCCUCCCGUGGACUAUGACACCAACGCCCCGGCCCACUACCUGGAGAAAGUGGUGGCGCUGUACAACUAUGAGGCUUCCAAACCCGAUGACCUGUCGCUGACUGAGGGAGACAUCGUCUACCUGACUUGUCGCCAUGACAGCGGCUGGUGUGAGGGCGUCGUCAACGGCAACAGAGGCUUCUUCCCUGUAAACUAUGUCCAAUCAUGUGACUAGACUUAAGCCCCACCUGCUCCCUGUGGCUCUGUUGCCAUGGAGAUUUUACAGUCAGUAUUACUCUGCUGUUGUCUGCUGCCUCCCAGAGGACAAACACAGUUACUGCAAUUUUUUUUUCUUUUGUUAACUAAAAAAUUAUAAAAAAUGAUUAAACAAUAUAAACAAACAAAUACAACAGCUUGUUAAUCUACAAAAGGGAAAAACAAACCACGACUCCAUAAAGUAGAUAAAUACAUACAGAAUAAACUAGGUAAGUAGUGACGUCACUCCGACUCUCGUACAGUAAAUCUGAUCUGAUCGAUAAACUUCUGAAAUGAGUCGAGCAUCAAAACAAUCCCUUCAUCACUGAAACAGUUUUGAAAGCACAAAUGCCAAAAAUUCAUCAGUUUCAGCUUCUUGAAUACAAAUAUUAGCGUUUUCUUUGUUUUGUUUUGUUUCUUCAGUUUGACAUCUGUGACCCUGUGGGGCAUCAGUGAUUUAAAAACAAUAACGUUGGUUUGUUCCCUUACAACGGUCUCUUCAAUGGAGACGACUAUGAUGAUGAAGUUCAGAGUUCAUAAACAAUAAACAAUAAAACAACAGAAGAAGAGAAGUAAAAUAAACUAAAUAUUUUAAUUCCACUCAUAGAAACAAUGGACAGAAAUAAAACAAACAGGAAGUGACAUCUGUAAGGUGUACACACACACAGUCCAUGUGUUGUGAAGACAAACAGACAUCAGCCGAACAUGUUUACAGUCUGUUCAUCACACAGCAGCAUCAGACUUGAACCUUCAGAUUCAACAAGUCCCAUUUAAAACAAGUGAAAGUAAAGACUAGAUGUGAUGCAUCAGUCUGUCCAAGUACAGAUGAAUCAGUGAACCAGUUAUUCUGUGUGUGAGGGAUACAAAUUAUAUUUAAAGAAUAAAAGUUUAUUUUAAGGAGACAGAAAUUGAUUUAUUAAUAAUUAUGUUUAAAAUAUAAAACUUAGUUUUGUCUUUUUUUUCUCUUCUGGUUAACAAACUGAUUUUACAGCUGUAAAUAUUAAAUGCAGAGAUUUUAUUUGUAUUCAUCUUUUCUCUGAUUGACAGAGAACUUGACGUAUAGUUUACUGUGAACACUGCUGUACUUUUACUUCAAUGAGAUACUGAAUGAAGUACUUUCCUUUGUAAUGAUGUAUUAUUCUAGUGUUCAUGUCAGGCUGAACUGAGGGCUACAGUGCCUCCUGCAGGCCUCAGACACAAACUACAGACUGAGGCCCCAAACUGUCGAACCGUCAGUAUUCAUUCAUAGUGUUCUCACUGUGAUGCAGUGUUGUUGUUAUUAUUAAUAAUUAAUAAUGUAACGUCAUCACUGUGUCUUCAAAUGAUCAAUAAAUGAAUGAGUCUUUGAACUAA